AUGCCAAGAGAACAUCAUCAUUCCAAACGUUGCGGCAUUUAUACUCAUAUUGCCUGGCACGAUAUAAAAAAAAUUUUGCUGCAAAAAAUAAUAUCCCAAUCGGGAUAUGUCUCCACAACUGACUGGCCAACACAUAAAUCCGAAAUACCACUUGGACAGGUGCCCGUAUUGGAAAUAGAUGGUUUUCAGUUACCACAAAGUGUUUCUAUCGAACGUUACGUGACUAAACAAGCAAAGCUGUAUAGUACCGAUGAUUUUGAAGCAGCUAAAACUGACAGUGUGAUCGAUACAAUAGAUGAAUUACGAGAUGCAAAUUUGUAUAAAAUUAUAUUAAAGCAAAUGGAUGAAAAAUUGGUGGAAAAAAGGGAGCGAAACCUGUUAGAAGAGGAUGUACCGAAAGUAUUUACUAAAUUAGAAAUUUUGAUUAAAAAUUAUGGUUCAGAUGGACGAUUUUUCCUUGGUAACAAAUUAACAUGGGCCGAUCUUUGUUGUUACGAACAGAUAAUACGUAUUCUUAAACUGGAUCCUGAAAUACUAAACAAAUAUCCGAAGUUAGCAUUAAACCAUGAACAUGUAGAAAAGGAACCAACGUUAGCCGAAUAUAUAAAAACACCACCAGAAGCCUCAUUUUGA